AGUUGCAGAGAGUUUUUUAGGCUUCAUCCAGAAGUUAUUAUCAUUAAAUUUUAAUUUUAUCUUCAUUAAAAACCGAUUUUGGGCUCUUAGCUGGAUUCCUAUCACCAUCCCUCUUCAUUCGUUGUAUAUAAUGAGCCUCUUUCUUCCCCCGGACUGAAUCAGAGAAAGCAGAGCAAGUCUUCUCUCUUUGCUUCCCAUUCAUAUCUCCCAUUCCUGUUCCAUUCGGCUUCGGAUUUGCGGAGAAGAUGACUAUCACGCUAGAGCACCCUCGUAUUGGAGUUGAUUUGGGUGAGAAGAAGAUCAUCCCUGAUACAAACGAACUGGAUUUAGAUGGCGGUUUCUCUGUUCCAGAAACAAACGCCUUUGGCCAGACUUUCAGGGAUUACAAUGCUGAAUCUGAGAGGAAAAAGACGGUCGAAGAAUUCUACCGCACUAAUCAUCUUCAUCAAUCUUAUGCUUUUGUGAAGAGGAUGAGAGAAGAGUAUGGGAAGCUAAAUAGAGUGGAGAUGAGCAUAUGGGAAAGCAUUGAAUUGCUUAAUGAAUUCGUCGAUGACAGUGAUCCUGAUCUUGAUGAGCCCCAGAUUGAGCAUUUGUUGCAGACUGCAGAAGCUAUCAGGAAGGAUUAUCCAAACGAGGAUUGGCUUCACUUGACUGGCCUUAUUCAUGAUCUUGGAAAGGUUCUUCUUCAUCCUAGUUUUGGUGAGCUUCCUCAAUGGGCUGUUGUUGGUGACACAUUUCCUGUGGGCUGUGCUUUUGAUGAAUCUAAUGUGCACCACAAGUUUUUUGAAGGGAACUCAGACUACCACAAUCCCAAGUUCAAUACCAAGUAUGGUGUUUAUUCUGAAGGGUGUGGCCUUGAGAAUGUGCUAAUGUCAUGGGGUCAUGAUGAUUACAUGUAUCUGGUGGCUAAGGAGAACAAGACUACUUUGCCUUCAGCUGCUCUCUUCAUCAUCAGAUACCAUUCCUUCUAUCCCCUCCAUAGAUUUGGAGCCUACUCAUACUUGAUGAAUGAGGAAGACAAAGAGAACCUGAAAUGGCUGCAUGUAUUCAACAAAUAUGACCUCUAUAGUAAAAGCAAGGUUAGGAUUGAUGUGGAGAAGGUGAAACCAUACUACCUUUCUCUCAUUGAGAAGUAUUUUCCUGCUAAGUUGAAAUGGUGAAACUCCUCGCAAUAAGGUUCUUUUGCUAAAUGGUUAAGUGUGUACGUUAAAGGGUAUUGUGUGUGGAAUUGUUUGUAAGUGGAUAAAAGGGUGAUUAUCAAUUUUUUACAUGGAGAUUGUAAGGAUUCUGACUAUGCAGUUCAAUCAUAAAGAUAUGAAAUAAGCUUUAAGAAUCAUUUUUAUUUGUGUUA